UGAACGAUGUUCACCACAUUGUGGUUCUUCCUGCUUGUGAUUCAGCACACGGUGAAUGGUUUUCACAUGCUCCUCUUUGGAGGAUCCAGUAACCAAAAUAUCAUCUAGAUAACACUGGAUACCAGGCAAUCCACUCAAAAUUUGGUUCGUGGCCCUCUGGAAUAGAGCUGGCACUGACAUGAUGUCAAAAGGAAGUUACUUGUAGUGGAACAGUUCCAUGUAUGUCAUUAUCGCCAGUGGCGGCUGGGACUCCUUGGCAAGCCCCAUCUGCAAGUAGACAUGUGACAGAUUAAUUUCUGAGAAUUUCUAGCCCUCAGCCACUCUACUGAACAGGUCUUUAAUGAAUGGAAGUGAAUUUAUCAUACAUGGACCUGAUGAACCUAUUGAAGCCACUGUGGGUGAAGAUGCUCUGUUGGAAUGUCAGCUUGUGCCAGCUAUAUCUGCCAGCAACAUGUUGGUGCAGUGGUUUAAAUCAGGCCUUGAUUCCCCAGUUCACGUAUACAGCCAUGGGGGAGAUGAUGCUGCUGCUCAGCACAGGAAAUACAGAGGGAGGACUGAACUGUUGAAAAAUGAACUGACCAAAGGAGCCAUAUCUCUUCGAGUAACGAACACAACAAUUUUUGAUGGAGGGGAAUACAGAUGUUUAGCUGACGAUGGAACUUAUUCAGAAGAAACUGCAGUCGUCCUGAAUGUUAUACGUUUGGGCCAUCAGCCCUGGAUCCAGAUGAAGGGAUAUCAUGAAAAUGGAAUCCAGGUUGUGUGUAAAUCCAGUGGAUGGUUCCCAAGGCCAGAAAUACAGUGGAUCAGUGAAGAUGGACUUAUUUUAUCACAAGCUGAACCAAGUUAUGAGCAGGACUCUAAUGGUCUUGUGAAUGUCCAGAGUAUCAUUGUCGUUACAAAACAAUCAACUAAAAGGUUUAAGUGUCGUAUACAGAAUGAAGAUUUGAGAAUUGCACAAGAAGCAACAAUCAAGAUAUCAGAUGUGAUCUUCCCUGAUGUCCCUGACUGGCUGGCACCUUUACUCGUGACCAUCCUUUGUGUAACUGUUGGCAUUGCUGCUGUGGUUUACUGGAGUGUGAAAAACCAUCGACACAUUAAAGAACUGGAACUUCAUAAAACUUUCAUAGAAUGUGAGUGGAAGAGAAUUUGUGACUGUGAAGUCUCUGUGACCCUGGAUGUGGAAACAACAAAUCCACGGCUCGAGGUUUCUCAGGAUCUGAAGAGUUUGAGUUUGAUCCGGGAACGGAGGAGUCUCCCUGACACUGGGAAGAGGUUUACAUACAGUCAUUCUGCCUUAGGAUCAAAGGGAUUCACAUCGGGGAGACAUUACUGGGAGGUGGAGGUGGAGAGGAAUCAGUAUUGGAGACUGGGAGUAGCCUCAGAGUCUGUGGAGAGGAAGAGACAGGUCAGUCUGAUCCCGGAGAAUGGAUUCUGGACCAUUGGACUGUUUAAGGAUCAAUUUUUUAUCAACUCCUAUCCUCAAUCCCUUUUCCCUGUCGGUCAGAUCCCCAGGAAGGUGGGAGUUUAUCUCAGUUAUGAAUCUGGGACAGUUUCAUUUUACAACGUGGACACCAAGUCCCAUCUCCACACCUUCACUGGGAAUAAAUACACUGAGAAACUUUAUCCUUUCUUCAGGACUGGCUAUGUAGACCAGUCUCUGAGGAUCUGCUCCAUUUCGGAUCUGAAGCAAAAAAGAGGUGUGGCUUCAGGGUCAUAUCAUCCAUGACAUCACAAUGACCUGACCCUGGGGUUAGGGUCAGGGUCAGAGUUCAGAGUUUGUAGGUCUGAAACAGAUUGUCAGUAAGUGUGUCAUUGACUUUCCAGACUGGACUUUGUAAAAUCCCAGUUAGACUGUAAAUAUACCCAACAAAUGCCAGAAAUUUACAAUAAUAAGUAUUUCUCUUGUGUCUCUCCUUCCUUUAUUUACUCCCUGCCUCAAUCAAAUGCCACCCCCAUCCCCCAGUCCCAUCCUCCACCUCUUCAUGUGUUUCCCAGUCUGGAGCUGAGAUUUCUCUGUGCUUCCAUUUCUCACUCUACGCCCAGAACAUGAAAUCCUGAGGGAAAACUCCAAACACUGAAGAGUGACAAAGCUGAAUUUGCAUAGCAUCGAUGGAGCAUGACCCACUGGCGUUUCUAUUUGAAGAGAAAUAAUUCAAUCCUGUCCAAAACAAGUUAUGAGGAGCUCUAUAAAUUAACAGCAAUUCUUUGUCAGAGAAAGGCCUCAGAUAGUCAUUCGUAUAUUAGAAUAAAUGUAUUUUCUGGCCAUAUCUGGUGAAUGUUGCAGUCUGAACUUGGAACCUCCAUUUUAACUGUGUAACCCUUUAUUGUGAGAUGGUUCAAGCUGUGAGUUGGAAUCAUCAGGUCAUGUUCUCAGUAACAGCCAAUGACUGGUGGGAUACCACAGGGAUCAGUGCUUGGAACCCAGCCAUUCACAAUAUUUAUGAAUGAUUCAGAUGAGGAAACUAAA